UAUAAAAGAUUUAAUAAUUGACUCAAAUUGGUAUUCAGUAGCAAAAACAAAUUAUCCGCAUUGAAAAAAAAAUUGUCUCCUCAAGGUUUGCAGGAUGUUUGCUCAUCAGAGAAUUUGAUGUCAGAGAAGUUACAUUUGUGGGUUGAAACGACAAACGUAGAGACAGCCGCAGUGCUACACUGUGUUCUGUACAGACAGACUAAAGAACAUGAAGCUCUUAUAACUAUCAAAACAUCAGCAACGAGAACAACUAGAGAGAAGAAAGCAACAUAAAACACAGAAUUUUCCUAAAAUGCAUUGGGUUCAGAAGGGCAUUUCUCACGCUUGGAUUUUGGUUGUGCUAUCUGAACUUGUGAGUUGGGAAGGAGUCCAGACAUGGAAUUAUGAAUACUCUCUGACAAAUAUGACGUGGCCAGCUGCCAGAGAGUACUGUCAAAAGUCCUUCACUGACCUAGUUGCAAUUCAGAACCAAGAGGAAAUUAAUUAUCUCAAUCAGAUGUUGCCAAGAAACCCAACUUACUACUGGAUUGGAAUCAGGAAGAUUGGUGGUGUUUGGACCUGGGUCGGAACAAAUAAACCACUGGGUGAAGAAGCAGAAAACUGGGCUGUAGGUGAACCAACUCCUGGGGGAGAGGAUUGUGUUGAAAUUUACAUAAAGAGAGGCAAGGAAGCGGGAAAAUGGAACAAUGAACCGUGCACAGAAAGAGAGAAACGAGCUUUAUGCUACCUAGCUUCGUGCAAAGCUGCAUCAUGUAGUGGUAAUGGAGAAUGUGUGGAGAUUAUCGGAAAUUAUACGUGCCGGUGCAAUGAAGGGUUUCAUGGGCCAGAGUGUGAACAUGUUGUGAAAUGUGAUGAUCCGAAGCUUCUUAGGAAUGGAUAUCGGAACUGUUCCCCUUCAGGUGGAAGCAUCACGUACACAUCAGUCUGUAACUAUAGCUGUGUGGAAGGGUUCUCAUUGAACGGGUCGGACAGUGUGCAGUGUGGCAGCUCUGGAAGAUGGUCAUCACCCACACCAACUUGUGAAGUUGUGAAAUGUGAUGAUCCGCAGCUUCCUAGGAAUGGAUAUCGGAACUGUUCCCCUUCAGGUGGAGGUUUCACUUACACAUCAGUCUGUAACUAUAGCUGUGUGGAAGGGUUCACAUUGAACGGGGUGGAGAGUCUGCAGUGUGACAGCUCUAGAAGAUGGUCAUCACCCAGACCAACUUGUGAAGUUGUGAAAUGUGAUGAUCCGCAGCUUCCUAGGAAUGGAUAUCGGAACUGUUCCCCUUCAGGUGGAGGUUUCACUUACACAUCAGUCUGUAACUAUAGCUGUGUGGAAGGGUUCUCAUUGAACGGGUUGGACAGUCUGCAGUGUGACAGCUCUGGAAGAUGGUCAUCACCCAGACCAACUUGUGAAGUUGUGAAAUGUGAUGAUCCGCAGCUUCCUAGGAAUGGAUAUCGGAACUGUUCCCAUUCAGGUGGAAGCUUCCCUUACACAUCAGUCUGUAACUAUAGCUGUGUGGAAGGGUUCUCAUUGAACGGGUCGGAGAGUCUGCAGUGUGACAGCUCUGGAAGAUGGUCAUCACCCAGACCAACUUGUGAAGGUGUUGAGCAAAGGCAAUAUGUGACUAAUGUGGCCAUCGGCACAGCUGGUGCUGCUUCAGCUGUGUUAUUAUCCCUGCCUUUUCUUGGUUACAUUAUCAAGCGGUAUCGAAAGAAAGUAAUGAAGGAACGUUUGUCGCUAUAAGGACGCAAAGAACGUGGGAAAUCACAAGUGUCAGCCAGACAGAAAGUGCAAAGCUUAAGAAUGCUAAAAUAUUUUUACUUCACAAACAGCAUGAGGCUUUCGCAUACAAUGAUUGUCUGAACAAAACAAAUGGAUUAAGUAUUGAAAUACCAAAUAAUGUUAUCAUUUAGAGAUGCAACAUUCUAAGAAAUAUGAACAUGCACCAUUCUAUGUUUCUAAUAAUAGUUGCUAGAAAACACCAAUGUUUGCAUCUCUACUAAUUAUUAAGAAUCAGUUUUGUUGAUGUUAUUUCAAUGCAUAAAAUAUUAUUGGGGUUUUUUUAAUCAAUUAUAUUGCUUGGUUAAUGCACAAAGAUGAAACUGUGCUUGAACAACCAGAAUAUUAACUUAUGUUUAUAUAGUGCUCUAAUGUAGCAAAAUAUUGCAGGAUUAUUUUUCGAGAGAAAAAUAUGACAUUCAGAAAAAAAAAUAUUUGUUCUUUUUGCAAGAUUUCCUUUUGUAGAGUUCAACUGCAUUUGAUGUUAAAAAUUAAGAAUUCAACAGGGUCGUGACCAAAGUCAGAGAUUCAAGAGUCUAAAGUCAAGAAUAUUUAAUUGUCAUAAGUACCAACAGUGACAUUCUUAUUUGCAGCAGCAGAACAGGCCUGUAAACAUAAUAUACAUAGAUAAUAUAUAAUCAACAUUUGUUUUUAAAUUAAUAACCGCAAUGCUAGUGCAAAUAAACCUAAAGUGCUUAGUGCAACCAAAGACUAUCAUUGAAGUUCAUAGUUGAGGCUAGUGUUGUGUAGUGUACAAGAGCCAGAUGGUUGUUGGGAAGAAGCUAUUCUUGAACAUGGUGACGAUGGUUUGCAGACUCCUAUACCUUAAUUCUGAUGGUAGGUGUGAAAUGAGAAUGUGGCCAAGGUGGUGUGGGUCUUUGAUGAUGUUGGCUGCCUUUUUGAGGCAGGGUCUUCAAUGGAGGGGAGAUCAGUACCUCUGAUGAACUGGGUAGUGUCUCAACCCGAAAUGUCACCUAUUCCUUCACUCCAUAGAUGCUGCCUCACCCGCUGAGUUUCUCCAGCAUUUUUGUCUACCAUUACUUUCAGUAAUCUCCUUCGUUCCCCAGUGUGCAAGCUGCCGAACCAGACCAUCAUGUUGUCAAUAUGCUCCCUUCCAUACAACUGUAGAGGUUCAAGAGUAUUCAUCAACAUAUCAUGAUUCUGUAAUACUGUUAUUAAUGUGACUUAAUGUUCAAAACUCCCCAGAUGGUUUUCAGCAGAUAGUUUAAAAUACAUUUAGCUGAGCAGUCUACAAUGCGAUUCCUUAGAGACAUAAAACCACAAAAUGCUGGUGUAACUCAACAGAUCAGGCAGCGACUCUGGGGGACAUUGAUGGGUAAAAUUUGGGGUUGGGACCCUUUGAUUCAUUAUCUCUACUGAGAUGUAAUGUUAAAAGGUGCUUGAACACUUUUGCUGGAGGGAAGGAAAUGAGCAGAUAUUGCCUCUGUUUAAUAUCUAGUGAUCUCUGGUGGAAGGUGUUUGUGGCAAUCACCAUUUAGCUUCCCACAUUUAAAGAAGUACCAAAUGAUAUUCAGCAUGUCAAAUCAGACAACGGAAGUUUGCAAAUGCUUGCACUGUUGGAAGAAGAUAAAACCUGUUGACAGACAAUUGAAAGGGAGAAAAUUGCCACUUCUGAUUAUGAGAUAAGUGCAAGGAAAGUGAAGAUUGAUAAUCUGAAUGGUACUAAAUUGUUCAUUACUGUAAAAACUUCACAUCACGAGGAUAGAAGUAUAAUCCAGACAUAUCUCAUCGGCUACAGUGCUUUAUGACAUCCGAUGGCACUAUAUAAAUGCCAAACUGAAUUUAGUGUAUCAUUUAGUCAGCUUCUUCCUGUGAUAACAUUUAUAGGAUCUUCCCUCAGUAUUUCACUUCAUAUUUUGCCACAUAUUGGCACAAUAACUGAUUGUGCAAACGACACUGAAAUAAAUGAAUUAACUUCAGUAGUUGCAGUCUCAGUGUUUAUUAUCUAUUACAUCAUUUUGAAGAGAGUGCAAGAGAGAACACUGGACCUAGGCUUUCCUUAGAUAUAUUGGGGAUUGUUCGGUUAUCAAUUCAGCGAUUCCGUUUUUUCAUUGCUCUGCUUGGUUAUUCUUAUUAACAUGUCAUUGUCUUUGUACCAUUCUCAUAUAAUUAAAAUUCUGUCUGUCUUUUUACUCAUAAUUGCCUUGUGAGUUUGUACCGUAGCUGGAAAUAAUUGUUUAAAUUGAUACAUCUCCCUGUGGUUUAGGAUUUAAGUUGUUAGGCUGCACUUUAGUUAUGUGCACUCUUUAGCUUCCACUGACAGCGCAGGAUCAGUGAUUCGUGUCUGUCUACCUAUUUAUGCCAUCAGAUUGAGAAACAACUUAGCCAAAAUAGUCUUGAUGUACUUAGAAGAGAACAUAUAUCAACGCCUUCAC